GUUUCAGAUUCAAAAAUGAAGGUUCAAACCGGAGUUUCGAGCAAGGAUGUUUCAACUCUCAAAGAAUUGGCAGAACUUGAGAAGCAUCAGGAUGCUGCUAAGGCUAAUGAACAGAACUUGAAAACUGAAGCGGAGACAAAAGAAGAACAGAAUCAAGAAGAGGUACAGAAAUCUCUAGUUGUGGAUGCUAUCCAUUCUGCCAAAGCAAAAUGGGAUCAAUGCUUCUUGAAACCAGACAACUGCUGUGUGGUGAAAGCUGUUCGCAAAAUCACAACUUGAUUUCAGAAAUGAUGUUUUUUAAUUUUUGUAUAUACUUGACGUAAUGAUGCAGUUUUUUCAAAACGAAUUAUCAUUGGUUGGAUCUUAUAAUAAAACUUUUUUCAUAC